GUCCGCCCUGAGCCAGCUGCCGCAGCGGGUCGCCCUAGUGAUGACCAUGGACGCUAACGCUGCCAUGGUGCCUCAGCUCCCGCACGUCGGCUACGCGGGCCAGCGCCGUACAUGCACUAACUUGAACGGCAACGGCGCCCGCCUGCUAGACCUCCUCCAGACGUUCCACCUGUCGGCUCUCAACACCUUCGGCAAGCGCACGAGACAGAACGACUACUUCAAUGCGCUGGAGCAUUCGUUGAUCGAGACCGCGGCCCCACACAACCUCCUCCAGCCGACGAAGGAGAACAGGCCGAAGCUACAGGAUGCGACCUUGGCCCUGAUAGACCUGAAGCACGAGCUCCAGAGACGCAUGGCCCUCCAUGCGGACCAGACCACCUCCGCGCACGGCCGCCUCCAGUCCAGGUUUGACGAGGCCGCCGGAGCAGCAGCCAAAGCAGUUCGAGCUGAGCGCCGCCAGCGCCUUGCCGAGACGGCAAAAGAAGCAGAAGCAGCUGGGGCCGCCAUGGACCUCCGCCGCCUGCGCGCUGUGGUGCGGCGCCUGGCCCCCAAACCUGUCGCCCCUGUCGUCACGGUCAACGACCUCACAACAGGUGGGACUUGCCGGGGCGCCGAGAAGGAGGUUGAGGUCCGAGCCCGAGCUUUGAGCGCCAUCUUUAAUGGAACUAUCAUUGACAUGAACAGCUUAGGUGGACCCCCAGGCCUCCUUCCGCGAGACGACGCGCGUAUUGGCACCUACAGCAUCGACGACAUAACGAAGACCACCCGCAGCGUGCCGAAUUACAAGAGUGCCCCAGUCCUCAAGAUGCCAGCGAUGAGCGACCAUGAGCCCACCAUUGAACCCAGCACCGACAGCCACGUCGACCAGCCCUUCGGUGGACCCGUCAUUGAGAUUUGGAAGUUGUGCGUUUCUGAAACAGCCCCAGCCUUGCAGCAUGUGUUCCGCGCCUGCCGCGCCCUUGGCCACUCCGCCCAUCGCUUCAAGGACGGAGAGACGGUCUCCCUCAGGAAGCCGAAGGGCGACGGCAAGAGCGCCAAGGACCAUGACAGAACGAUCAACCUGACCAAUCGCAUCGGCAAGGUCUACAUGAAUGUUACUGUCAUGCCCGAGCUUAGAGGACUGGCGUCUCGUCUUUCAUUUUCGCAGUUCGGGGCUUUGGCUGGCAGGUCUACCCGGGAUGCCCUGGCGGCUGUAGCUGAAGUUAUCCGACGGUAUCGCCUGCGUGGGCGCAGGUCGCGGCUUGGGUCGGGCGCAGCACCUGGUAUGCUCCUAGCCGUUUUGAUCGACCUUGAGAAGGCGUUCGGCUUGAUAGAUCGUGAUGAGUUUUGGACCGCGCUCGAGACGCUCGCCGUCAAGCGCAGCGUCAGACUCACGGUAAAGGAGCUCCACGAAGGCACGUGCUACAUCGCCCGCGACAUCAGAACCAACAUGCCCAUUGGGAAGCUCCUCGUCCCGGAGGGGGUCCGCCAGGGCAGCGUCGAGGGCCCGCUUCAGUAUGUUGCGGUGUGCGACGCCCUCGCGUCGGCCCUUCCGAGCAGCCGCUCCGUUUCUGAGUUUCCCGAAGUGUACGUCGCUUUUGACCCCGAGCUCAAAAAGAUUAGGCACCGGCAUAACCUCAUGGGAGACGAGGGAGAGGAGAGGAUGGUAGUCUCGCCGAUAAAGUUCGUUGAUGACCUGAUCGCCUUCACCAUUGUCGAAAACUUCGAGACAGCCUGUCGGUUCCUUGCCUUCCUGCAUUCCGAAAUCUCGAAGGGCAAGAUGAAAGUAAACGACGCUAAGACCGAGAUGCUAAUAGUGGUGACUGGCAACAUGAGCAAGCAGCGCAAGACUAAGAUUAGAGCCGAGCAAACGAACAUCAG